GUGAAGUGCUAGCGGCUAUGCUAACCGCUGACCCGCGCAGUUGAAGUGAGAGGCUGUCCGGGAUUGUAUUGUUGUCUGUGUGAAAGCUGGGGGGUAUUUCGGCAGUUGGAUGAAUCCUCGGUUACCGGGAGAUAUUUAGUAGUAUAUAUCUGAUUUUUGAAUAAUGCAAAUACAUGUAUAUCUACUCUCUAGCCUGUGAACUGCCUGGAAACAGUGUCUGAAUUUUUCAUUGGUCCAAAAAACCGGACCAAUAAGAAAAAUGGAUUAGCUUUCCACGCCCCCUCUAAUAAUCUGAGUGCUGCGCUCAUCAGGAGCCUACAGGGGCGCUAGUGAGCAUGUGUGUUUAUGUCUAAAAACCCAUAUUUAGCAUGAAAUGAGGACCAUGCUGAAAAUUGGUCAGGAGCAUCAGGAGGCUAUAAGGAGGCGAUUGCAAUGAAAAACGAGUGAGGACCGGCAAAAUGUCCUCACUUCCCGAAAAUGUCCUCACUCGAAAGGUCUAAAACUUGCGGUGGUCCUCACAAGUAUAGCAUUGUAAACACACACACACACACACACACACACACACACACAGAGCCUGUUAUAGUACUGCUACACGCACACACACGCACACACACGAUCAGCAUCCCUAGACCCCAAAACCAACCGUCGCGCACACCCCAAACGUGUGAUCACGUUUAGAGUGUAAAUGAAUCUAGAUGAUAUUUACCUUGGUGCCCCUGCGCAUCAGCCCAGUUCAACCCGUGCGGUUUCUCGUAGCACUUGGCGCGCGGAUUCCUCAAACAUUACAACUUUCCUCAACUGUCAGCUAUCCUGAAACCUUUGAAGUUUCUAGAAAACCGAUUGUUUUACACUGGACCAAAUAAAACGUAUAUGAGACUAGUUGUUUGUACUGAGGAGGAAAAAAGGUCUGUUUUGAUGGAGUGCCAUAACUCCGGCACCGGCAACCACAACGGUGUACGAGGCACGAGAGACAGGGUGAUUGCUGGAUACUUCUGGCCUACCCUAAUGAAAGAUGUAACUGAGUGGGUGAAGUGUUGUCGCCGCUGCCAACUAAAUGACCCCAUGAAGACGGGGACACCAGUGUUACAUUCUAUUAAGGUGAAGGCUGCAUGGGAGGUGAUUGGCCUGGAUUUAAUUGGCCCACUGCGAGAAACUGGUCAAAAAAACAAGUAUGUGUUGACCAUGACUGAUUUAUAUACAAAGUGGGUUGUUGCUGAGCCACUGCAAAAUAAGACUGCAACUGAAGUGUCAGCAGCCAUCAUAAAGACACUCUACUUGUUCGGCAUGGUCAAGAAAAUUAUUACUGACCAAGGGAGAGAGUUCGUUAAUGAGCUGAAUGAAAACAUCUUUGCAACUCUGAAAAUCAAACAUGCUGUCUCAAGUGCCUACCACCCUCAGACAAAUGGGCAGGAUGAGCGAACAAAUCAAAAUGUCAAACGUGUAUUGCGGAAGUAUGUAAAUGAAAGCCAUAAUGAUUGGGACAUCCAUUUACCUGCAGUUGUGUAUGGUAUUAACACUGCUAAGCAAUCUUCAACCAGGCACACCCCGUAUUUCUUAUUCUUCCAUCGGCACCCUCAUUUGCCAGAGGUUAUGAACGCCUGUCCCAUGGGAGAAGACUUUAAAAUUGCUGACCCAGAAGAUGAUCUUGACACCCGAGUAAAUGAAAUGAAAAUUUUAAAUGAGAAGGUGCUUAGCAACAUUGAAAAUGCGCAGAAAAGACAACAAAAGUCUUACAGGAACCGUAAGAGAAAGCUAAUGAGCACAAUCAGUCCUGGCGAUGAGGUCUUGAUUUCUCAAGAUUUCAAUAUAAAACAGAGAAAAGACACCCUUGCUGACCGCCACAAAGGUCCUUUCACUGUGGAUAGUAUCUCUAAAAAGGGUGUGGCAUCAGUGGUGAAAGAUAAUGGGACUCGAUGUUGCAUCAAUGUCUCACGGCUAAGGCCUUUCUACAGGUUGGAAAAUCAUGGAGCAGUUCCAUGUGUGUCACUUCAGGACCAUGAGUAUGGUACACCUGAUGAAGCAACAGACCAUCCUUAUGCUUUUUCUGGAGAGAAAUGGGAAAAAGACUUGGGUCCUCUCCAGGAAAAACUGUUGAAAUAUGUCCUGGACAAAAGCCUUCCAGCAGCAGAAUUGAUUGUUAAAGAUGACAAUAUCUGUCUUACACGUGAGGACUUGUGGAGUCUUGGGUUAAAUCAGUGCAUGGAGUCUACUAUUGGGAAUGCAUGUUUUAAGAUCAUCAGAGAAGCUGCUCAAAAACAUGGGAAAGAUGUUUACAUUGCUGACAUGUAUGUGGUUCCCACAUGGAAAACGAUGAAUGUGGACCCACUCUCAAGUUUACCGAACAAUCUGUGUUCCAAGGAUGCGAUUUUGUUCCCUGCAUGGAGUAUGCAACAGAAUCAACUGGAUCACUAUUUGCUAUGUGUUGAGUUACAGUUUCAAAAAAUAGAUAUUCAGAUUUUUAGAAUGAAGUUUGUUGAUUAGCUUAUCAUUUUGAAAUAUGUCCAUUGCAGGUUUUACUGGUUGUGGAGAGAGAGAUCAUUUUUCUAGAUUCUGUACUCCCUGGUGGUUUUGGAGAUGACUCGUACAAAACGAUAUUUAGGUUAAGAGAGAGGAAAAAGUUGCCCUUGUUCAGUGGCUUUUACCAAUAAUAUUUUACGCAAGAGCCAUGUUCUGUGGCUGCUGAUUUACACAAAAGCCUUGUUCUAUGGCUGAUGAUUUACAAAAAGCCUUGUUCUAUGGCUGAUGAUUUACAAAAAGCCUUGUUCUAUGGCUGAUGAUUUACAAAAAGCCUUGUUCUAUGGCUGAUGAUUUACAAAAAGCCUUGUUCUAUGGCUGAAAAUUAACAAAAAGCCUUGUUCUAUGGCUAAUGAUUUACAAAAAGCCUUGUUCUAUGGCUGAUGAUUUACAAAAGCCUUGUUCUAUGGCUGAUGAUUUACAAAAAGCCUUGUUCUAUGGCUGAAAAUUAACAAAAAGCCUUGUUCUAUGGCUAAUGAUUUACAAAAAGCCUUGUUCUAUGGCUGAUGAUUUACAAAAAGCCUUGUUCUAUGGCUGCUUAUUUAUAGCUUUGUUCUUUUGUUUUAUGUUUACGCAGAAGCCUUGUUCGAUGGCUGUAGGAUUAGGUCUCAUUUUAUGAAACUAGACCAUGGAGAACAAUUGUAUGACUAUAGGUUUCAGUAAGUGUGUGUCCAUAAUUAAUUUUUUUUCCCAUUUUAUGUGCAGACAUAUUGCAGGCCAGAUUGACCCAAGACCCUGGACAGAGAAGACCGGCAGAAGUUUUGAUCACUUCCCUCAACAAACUUCUGGGAACUACUGUGGCAUCCUUAUACUCAUUUAUGCCCUCUGUAUCUGCACCAAUACCCCAUUUAUCUUCACAGAGAAUGAUGUGCCAUUAAUCCGCCAGUGGUGGUGCAUCCUACUGAUGGAAAGAUUUCAGAUUGAAGGACAUGGCCAGAGGUUUGCUUUCUGGACUGACAAGGCUAGCAGGCUAUUGCAAGGGACCCUUCAGCCACUUUUUAGGGUAUCUAGGUCAAUCACUUCAGACAUUCCACCUCAUGUGCAAACCAUGGUCAACCGCACAGCCCAAGAAAAGAAGCUGGUAGACUUUGCUGUACAAGACCAUGGAGUCCGGCAACAUUUGUUGGGUGUACUCUGUGGAAAAGAGCCUUCGAAGUGGCUCAGCAGAAUCCAGAAGGGAUCAUCUCUACGGGUGCCAGUGUACCUGGACUCGGAGGAAGAACAGGACUCCCUAUUUUUCUAUCUUCAGGAUGUCCUGAAAUCUGCACCAGUAGAAUUCCACAUUGAGGAUCAAGUGCAGUUCAUUUUGGAUGUUUUGUUCCCAGAGUGCAUCACCCAAGCCAUGUCUACACUACAGGGAAUAACUAUACAAGAGGCUGAAGAGUUGUUUCUUUCAGGUCCUAACUACAGCAGAAGGUAAAAACAGUUACCUGUGUUUGAAAUAUCUGUAUGAAUGUUUAUUUAUUGUGACUACCAUUUUAAUUGGGUGGGUGGUUGCGUGUUUGUGUCGGGGUACUUUGAGUUGGGGAGGGUGGGUUUUUGUGUUGUGGUGGGUGUUUGU